AUGGCAAAAAUUCUUUUAAUGACCAACAAUGAUCACAUGGAUGCCCUGGCACUGACCUCCUUGUGCCUAAGGGUUGCACUUGCAGUGGACCUCCAGUAUGGCUAUGUACCUCUAGACGUGGCAGCCUUAGACGUCCGCGAGGAGACAAAACAACAGCACAAGGCUGGAAUGGUGGAAUGUGACUGUUCCACUUGCCAACUGGCAGAAGCUGAAGGCCUAUGGCUAACACAUCCUGCAAUUACCAAUGAGAAAAUUGAUAGCUCCCUUGACAUGAACAAGAGCAAGCUGGCUCAAUUGGUAGAAGACCUGCCAGACCCACCACCACCUCCUACAGUGGAGGUACGCACGGUGGCCAUGGUUUGUGGCUCAGAUGACCCCGUACUUGAUGCUCCUUGGCUCAAAGGGCUGGUCACAUGGUUGGAACACAUGUUCAUCAGUUUUUUCUACAUCACAGUCACAGAACCUUUGGAUCUUGGCCUGGAUGACUACUUUGGACGCAAUAUGGCUUGGAAUGUCACCAAAAACAUUGACAUUAUUGCUCAGCCCAGCAAUUUUGAGCUAGUCCUGGGGACUUGGCCAAUUCCAGGCCAAUUUGAUCACCUUUUUGUUGCCUUUAGCCAGUGGCAGAAUAAAUUCUGUACGGAUGCGGCCAUUGGUGAAGCAUCCACACAAGGUGCUGCUGCAUAUCAAGCCAACAGCUCUAACAAAAUCCCACAGUCUUUCAAGGGUGCCCAAAUGGCCAAGGACCGGGCUGAAGAAGAGAAGAGGGUGUUGAAGGUUGCACACAAAAAAGGUAAAGAGGCUGAAGCGGUUGCAAAAGUGGUGGCCCAAGAGCAAUGCAAAAAGGAUAAGAAGUCUGCCAUAGCACACAAGCUUUCACAGAAGGAAUCAGUGAUCAAAAAUCACAAUGUGAUGACAGGCCAGAAAAACUCUAAGGACUAUCACCCCAAAUGCCUCAAGUGUGUGGCUGAAGAGAACCUUGAGGGCUGA